UCCUGGGGCGGUCGUUGGGGCACCCGGUGCAGGGGGGCCCAUCCCGGCCCCUCCGACACAAAGCGGGAGGCGGCGCGCCCGGAAUGGCGGCGCGGAGAUCCCGGUUCCGAGCUUGGCUUCUCCUCCACCUCCUGCCGCAGGUGUACUGUGAGUAUGGGAUGGUCCAUGUUCUCUCAGAGAAGGGGAGUAGCAAAGGAAAAGACUAUUGUAUCCUCUUCAACUCUCAGUGGGCCCAUUUGCCACAUGAUCUGGGAAAAGCUUCACUCUUGCAACUGCAGGAUCAGACAGCAUCUGUUUUGUGUUCUCCUUCUGAUGUACCUGAUGGGGGAUUUAAUAAUCAAAUCCCCAUGGUGAUGAGAGGGAAUUGCACCUUCUAUGAGAAAGUGAGGCUUGCUCAGAUAAAUGGAGCUCGUGGACUGCUGAUUGUUAGCAGAGAGAGACUGGUUCCUCCUGGGGGUAACAGGAGUCAAUAUGAAGAGAUUGAUAUUCCAGUGGCUCUGCUCAGCUAUACUGAUAUGUUAGAUAUUGGCAAGAGUUUUGGCAGCUCAGUGAAAGGAGCAAUGUAUGCACCAAAUGAGCCUGUGCUGGACUAUAACAUGGUGAUUAUAUUUGUCAUGGCUGUAGGGACUGUUGCAAUUGGAGGCUACUGGGCAGGAAGCAGAGAUGUGAAAAAGCGGUACAUGAAACACAAACGUGAUGAUGGGGCAGAGAAACAAGAUGAUGAAACAGUUGAUGUGACUCCAAUAAUGAUCUGUGUGUUUGUAGUGAUGUGCUGCUCAAUGCUGGUCCUCCUUUAUUUCUUCUAUGACCACUUAGUCUAUGUUAUUAUAGGAAUAUUCUGCCUGGCUGCCUCAAUUGGUCUUUACAGUUGUCUGUCUCCCUUUGUAAGAAGAUUCCCUUUGGGAAAGUGUAGAAUCCCAGACAACAACUUGCCUUAUUUUCACAAGCGUCCGCAGGUCCGGAUGUUGCUCUUGGCUGUGUUUUGUAUCUCUGUCAGCAUAGUCUGGGGAAUCUUCAGAAACGAAGAUCAGUGGGCCUGGGUUCUGCAGGAUGCUUUAGGAAUUGCUUUCUGUCUUUACAUGCUGAAAACAAUUCGCCUGCCUACAUUUAAGGGUUGUACUUUACUCCUCCUGGUUCUUUUUGUGUAUGAUGUAUUCUUUGUAUUUAUCACACCUUUUCUAACAAAGACUGGGGAGAGUAUAAUGGUGGAGGUUGCUGCAGGCCCAUCUGAUUCUGCCACUCAUGAAAAGCUCCCAAUGGUCCUGAAGGUGCCACGACUGAACUCCUCACCUCUGGCUCUGUGUGACAGGCCUUUUUCUCUCCUAGGAUUUGGAGACAUACUAGUUCCAGGCUUGCUGGUAGCCUAUUGCCAUAGAUUUGACAUUCAGGUGCAGUCAUCCAGAGUCUAUUUUGUAGCCUGCACUAUAGCAUAUGGCAUAGGCCUUCUGGUGACCUUUGUUGCCUUGGCACUGAUGCAGAUGGGUCAGCCUGCUCUCCUCUACUUGGUGCCCUGCACUCUUCUCACCAGCUUUGCUGUGGCUCUUUGGAGAAAGGAGCUGGCGAUGUUCUGGACAGGCAGCGGCUUUGCGAAAGACCUACCUCAGCCUCCUUUGGUGAUAGCUCCUGUCAACUGCCCCGAGCUUCCCAAAAAUAGCAAUGUACCAGCCUCUAAGGAAGACACAGAGCAAAUGACCAAUCCCACCCUCCAUGUGAAGGAGCUGCAUGGCCCCAGCUCAGCUGCAGAGGACUUGGCUGAUCCUGACACCAAGACAGAGCCCUCGGAAAUUCCUGUUGCACAGAGUGAGGACCCAGCUGGUCAGAAUCAGGACAACCUUGAAAGCAAAAGCUUAAAUGCAGAGCAAAAACAGCUGGAAUGAGCAAUGUGAUAAGAACUCCUUUCUUUUGCCACACAAACGUAUCCAUAUAAAACCAGUAUGCAUUUAGGACUGGUAUAAUAGUGUUUGCAUUCAUUGAGAAACCUCACUGGGAGCCUGAUCAUCAAAUCCAACAAUGAAUGUUCUGCUUCCAGCUUUGGUACAGCUGUACACUUCAAACAUCUUACUGAAAUAUGGUGCUCUACAAGGGUUCUAAUAUAUGGAUUUCAGUGAUCACUUCUUAGUGAAUGCCUUUGACUGUUCCAUUUUCAUUAUACCAGGGUAGUAUUAAGAGUCUCCAUUUACACAGGACUCUGUACUUGUGUGACUGUUCUGCUGCUUUAGUAUAGUGUAGGUGACAUGGAGGAAAAGCACUGACCAAGUCUGCUACAAUGCUUAGUUGAGAGAAUCAUGAUAGUUAUUUUAGCACUUUCCCUUUUACCACCUUUUGCUGUAUCUUUCCCUCCUUCUCAUAGCCAUUGCUACAAGGGAAUGCUUUACUAUAAACCCACAUUCAGGAAAUGCAGAGAAUGGUUGAUUUACCACACUCUGAAGGAAUUUAUACCACCUUGGUGCAUUAAAUGCAUCUCUUAACUUUUUGUCUUUGUUUUUGUCUUUGGGCUGGCUACUAGUCUAGUUUAGAAGGCAGGAUGAAAGGAGCUACAGGAACCUUUCUAAGCACUUGUGUGAGCUCUGGGGGCUGUCUCUGAAAAUCAACAGUGUUUGUCACAGAACACUGUCUGCAAGCAGAAGCAUAUUAAGAAUGUUGAAUGUUUCAGACAUAAAAUACAAGCCAAAUAAGUAAGAAAAUAGAUAGUAGCACUAUACUAAGCUUGACAGGCAGUAUUUUUGCUGGGAAGAUGUUAAAGUAAAGCAGUAAAAAUUCAUGUGUGGAGUUUUGAGCUUCAAUUUUUCAUUUGUUUAAGGACUAUAAUUUCAGUUUCUAAUUCUGAUGAAAGUAAGCUGGUGUUUUCAUUCCCAAGGGAGCACAUAUGGUGCUAUAGUCAGUUGUGAUUUAAAGCUGCUUGCUGCUCAGUAUCUAAUCAGCUGCCUCAUUCAUGUCUUGUCUUUGUCCCAGGAGAAACCAAACCAUGGCCUGUCAGGUUCUGGAAUGAGGCUGUGGUCUAGCCACUAUUUUCCAUCUCUUGUUACAUGACAUUGUGAAGGACUAAAUUUGUGAAUUCAAAACUUUUUAAGGUGCAACUGGUCUUUCUUACACCUCAGUUCAUUGGUCUUUCAAUUCCUGAAACUGUGUGUUUUGCCUGUAUAACAUGGUUGAGUCUUUUAUGCAUCAACACAGAGGGACUGUGUGAUUCACACAAUUCCCUUGUCAGUUCCAUCUGAGAACAUUUGACUUUAUCAGGGGUCUCUGCACUACACUUCCAUUUCAAUUCCAGAAAGCCUCAGCCACUGCUCUUUAAUAUCAAAACAGAAAAUGGAAGUAUUCUAGGAUCCUAGAAUCUAAUUCCAAAUUACAUGGAAGAAAUACUUUUCAGAGUAUUAGAGAAUCCAGAAUGUUUCACCAUAGUGACACAAUCAGAGGCAAUGCUUUUAAAUUCAGUCUCCAAUUGGCAUGUUGCUUUGGGUUAUUUAGAGCUCUCUUUUAUGGCUGUUAAAUUUCAGCCACUGUCUUCCAAAAGUUUGCCCUGUUUGUUUCCCAUUGGGUGGGAAGUAUUCUUUCUCUAGAAAGUGAAAAGCUUUCCAUAAAACACUGGCUUCAGAGUUUUACCAGCUGCUUCUUAAAGCCUCAAACCCUGUCUGAUAAAAUCAAUAUAAUGAUGAGUUUCUUGAAAGGCAUCCAGUGUCCAAAGGCUUGCACUUCAUUUAAUUUACAAAUCAUCCUAAUGGAAGUUAGCAGGACUUAAGAGUAUUUCAGUCUUCUCUUUAAGGGACUGUGUUACUUUUGCCAGCAGUAAUCUGAACCAGUUAUUACUCAUAAAGAACAGCAGAGAUGUUUUACUGAAAAUUUCAGCCAGCUGGAUUAUGCCUUAAUUUAAGCCACUGUAUAUGGAUGAAUAUCAAAUCAAGAAAACAAUCUUGUGUUUAAAUAAUGGACUUGACAAAGAGCAAGAAAACAAGUUUGGAGACUGACUCAAAGUUCUAUGAUUUUUUGCCUUGAUUGUUUUUCAGUCACAAUGUUAUUUGGAAUAGCUUUUUAUAUAUAUAAAAGCCAGUAGCUUUCUGAUGAUGAAGCAUUAAGUUCUAUCAUAUACUUGAAAGUGUAUUUUAACAUGUGUUCUAUGUCAUGGGUUAGGAAACAGUUUAUUUCUUAAAUUGUCUAUAACUCAAUUAAAAUGGAAGUAUUCAUAACACUUGUAGGCAUUUAACAGUUGCUUUGUUCAUCCUGAAUUCCAGAUAGGUCUCCUUGGAGCAUGUGCUUCACCUUAAGUUUCUGGACCUUUUCCAUCUAUUUUUAAGUGUGGGGUUUUUUUUUUUUUUAUUUUUGCUUUUAUAUUUUCAGACUAUGAAGAUCAAUGUGGAAAAAACCAAUAUCUCCAGAUAAAGUAUGUAAACUGGCAAUGAGUUUCAUACUUCAGCUAUUCCAGUACUGUAAAAAUCAAGUAACCCUGGUGUUCAGCUGCUCAGACCCUGAUCCUGGGCAGUUCAAUCACUGCCAUCACCAACCAAGACUGUUUGGGGGUUUUUUUUGUCUUUCAGAAACCUCCCUGACCAGCUUGAUGUAAAACUUAGCUGCAACUUUUUGUUGUAUUAGAAAUUGUGAAGAAUUUUCAGUGUAGCUGACUCUGCUUUCAUUGGAUAAUUGCAGAUACAGAUCCCACACUAAACUUUAGUUAAAAUGCUGAGUGUGGUGAAAGUCAUGUUGAGGUUAAAAUAAUGUGGAAAAACUUCUUGUUUUCCAUCUUUCACAAACUAAGCUUUUAGCUAACUAUAUAAAAUUCCAAUAAUAAGGAUUCUGCCUCUGAAAACCUGGAGGUGUUCAGGGGAAGCACUUGUUUUAGUCAAAAACUGACCUUUGACCAACACCAGAACCAACUCCUAACCCAGGUCCUUAAGGACCAUCUUAGUGACGUGUGACAGGCAGCACAUUGACCCAAAAACUUGUUGAAAUCCAGACAUCUCAGCAGACUGCAGUAUUUGUCCAAAUCCUGCAGAGGUGGUGCCUCUUUCCAUGGCAGAUGCAGCCCCUGAGGGUUCAGAAUAAAAUCUGUGUAUGGGUUGUGUCUUGAGAAUGAGGACUUGAGAGUCCAAAAGUGAACAGGAACAGUGAUCAGAGGUCCAGAAAACAUCAGCAAGGAAAGAUUGAUCUUGAGGCAUUUUAUCAAGGUUGGUUUCCCAGGUGGCUGUCCCAGUAACAAGUUUGGUGGCUUCUGAGUUGGGGCUCUGUGCCACUGGUGUUAGGUAGGAUGGAGAGGGAGAGGAUAAGAAAAAAUGAAGGUGGCUCAGAAAGCAUGAGGAGAUACUGCAAAAAAAUGGCCCAAAAUUAUUCUUCCAAAGAGAAGAGUUAGGGGCAUGCAUGGUAAAUAUCCAAACAUCUGAAAUGCUCCUGCAAACUGGAAAAACAAUUAUUUUUUUCAAGUAGCAAUGGCAUCAAAAGCAAUAGACUUCUAAUAACUCCAUAAUAGUUACAGACUUACAAUAAGUACAGUGGGAAGCAUCUGCCACCUCUGUGGCUGUUUCCAGUGCACCAACUCCUGAGCUCAUCUUGGUCUGAGUCAGGAAUUCGGCCAUAGAGACAAGAAGCAUCUUUUGUCCCUUGAAUCAUGGCCAGCAAACAAGUCCUGGUCCACUUCAGUCCCAGCAUAGUCUGAGAGUCAGAAUUACUAUAAUUCAGUGACAUCGUGGCAUGAAAUUUGUCACCUAGCAGUGCCAUGUCAGUCUCUGUCUCAGCAGUGCUGUCCUGGAGUUUCCAGGAAUUCUGACAACUUGGAUUUUGUAUUACAAAACCUCUUGGUUUUGUUUUGCUGUUUUCAAGAUGAAAAUUCUUCUGUAAGAAGCAACAUCAAAGCAACAUCAAAGCACAUGCAGUGCUCUUCUGAAGGAGAUAAGGGAUCUUUUUUUUUCUUUUUUUUCUUUUUAAUAUACAUCCAAUUUGUUGAAUUGCUGUGAAUGUUUCUGAUAUCUGAAACAUUUUCAGAACAGGACAACCUUGUGUGCUACCAGAAGUUUCCUUUGCCACUUCAGUGAUCCCCUGUACCUUGUGCCCUUAUCACUUAGGGGUCUCCUGUGAGUGUUUUCACCUUUGCCUUUUCUUCAUCCAACAACCUUCUGAUUCUCCAGCUUUCUUAGAGCCAGCACAGGUGGUGGGAGAGCAAAAAGAAAUCUCUGUUUAAUAGGACACUCCUAGAGCUCUCUGAAAAGCCUGAAACUGGGAAUUGGUCACCAGAGCCCACUUGGAUCACUUGUAGCAUUCAGCACCAGGGGCUGUCACGUUUUCAUACUAAAUACUCAAGUUUUUCAUCCUAGAAGUCACUGGCAGUAAGUAUCAACUCCACUACUGACAUGAAACCAAAACCUCAUUGUUUAAAGAAAAAUCCAGAUUUCCAGCCCUGACUAUGGAUGCUCAUUAUUCAUAACCAUGCUCAUAACCAGGAGGAUGGAGCAGGAGGCUGGAGACAAACAUUUUUUUUUGUUUAAUGCUUCUUGGGUGCUUGAUCAUAGCUGCUUUUAGCAAGGGAGUUUGUUCUUGAGGAGUAAGCUAAGUAGAACAGUUUUAAAUGUCUGAUGUCUUUGUGGAAGGACUUUGUAAUGUUCUAAUAAUCGUGUAUAGGAUAAUGUUAGGAAGAGUGGAAACUCUGAAGUUUGUUAAUUAUAGUUUUUAGCUUUUGGGAAUGCAUACGUUCAGCUCUGCAGAUGUGUGCAUGAGGAAUAAACUUUUAAGCUUCUUUCACCCAGUGCUGAAGGAAGGACUUUCUGGUGAUUCAAAACCUCGGGUACAUUUUUAUUUUAAGAUCUUCGAUGCAUUUUGGCCCCUGAAUU